AUGGAGCCGCCGGGCCCCGGGCUGGUGGAGCGCCUGGCGCAGCUGGCGACGUGCCCGCUGUGCGGGGGCCCCUUCGAGGACCCGGUGCUGCUGGCCUGCGAGCACAGCUUCUGCCGCGCGUGCCUGGCCCGCCGCUGGGGGGCCGCGCCGGCGCCCGGCCCCGAGGCCCCCGCCUGCCCCCGCUGCGGCCAGCCCUGCCCGCGCCGCAGCCUGCGCUCGCACGUGCGCCUGGCCGUGGAGGUGCGCAUCAGCCGCGCGCUGCGGGAGCGCCUGGCCGAGCCGGGGGCCCGCGCCCGGAGGCGCCGCGGCGGCCGCAUCCCCACCAUGGGCAGCCUGGACCCGCCGGGGGAGGACAUGAGGGAGACAUGGAGAAGACUUGGUGCCCCCACCCCCAAGCCAUCCCAGCCGGAGGACAAGCUCCCCGAGGACUACCCCGUGGUCAGGAACAUGCUGCACCGGCUGGCGGCCGACCUGACCCUGGACCCCAGCACUGCCCACCGCUGCCUGCUCAUCUCCGCUGACCGCCGCAGCGUCCGGCUGGCCCCCCCAGGGACACCAGAGCCCCCUGACAGCCCAGCGCGCUUCGAUCAGCUCCCGGCGGUGCUGGGCGAGCAGGGCUUCGGGGCGGGCCGCCACUGCUGGGAGGUGGAGACCGCCGAGCCCGCCUCGGGCGGAGCCCCUGCUGGGGAGGACGAGGAGGCGGAGAGCCACUACGCCUUAGGUGCGGCCGGGGAGUCGGUGCAGCGCAAGGGCCGCGUGGGGCUGUGCCCUGUGGGCUCUGUGUGGGCCGUGGAGGGCCGCGGUGGCCGCCUGUGGGCACUCACGGCCCCCGAGCCCACCCCGCUGGGCGGCGCCGGGCCCCCGCCGCGGCGGAUCCGCGUGGACUUGGACUGGGAGCGGGGCCGCGUGGCCUUCUACGACGGCCGCUCGCUGGACCUGCUGUUCGCCUUCCAGGCCCCCGGGCCCCUGGGGCAGCGCGUCUUCCCUCUGCUCUGCACGCGCGACCCUCGCGCCCCACUGCGCAUCGUGCCGGCGGAGGGCUGA